CUGCCUCCUCCCUUUUAGGAGUCCUUCAGGGUCCAAGGUUACCCCCAGGUUGGGUAUAUAAAGUCCCGGAUGGGUAUUAGCAGGGCAUUCGCUCCUCUUCUGUACCACAGCAAUAAUGAAGGUCCUGCUGAUCGUGUCCCUCGGCCUGGUGGCCCUAGUGGCUGCUCGACCCUCCAACGACAUCAUCGACUUCGAGACUGACCACAUGGAGCACGAGCAGGAGGGCCAACCUGGAAGGGCCGUCGAGGGCGAGUACUCCUGGGUAGCGCCCGACGGCAACGAGUACGUCGUCAAGUACGUGGCUGACCACCUCGGCUACAGAGUCGUCGAGGACAACGUCCUGCCCGAAGUGGUCGAGGUCGUUCCAGUAGAAGACGCCGAAGAAGGGGAUGACGAAGAACCAGCGGUCAGGGCUAUUGAGGAGGAGGAGGAAGGAGAAGAGGGCGAGGAAGAGGAGGAGGAAGAGGGGGAGGAGUGAACCGGAUUAUAAAGCAGAGUUUAUAUCAUUAGAACUAUUUUUCUUAAAAUACAAUAAAGAAAUUUAUAUAUUAA